AUGAGGAAGGAUAAUCGAAGUUCUGUGUCUGAAUUCAUUCUCCUGGGACUUCCCAUUCAUCAAGAACAAGGCUUGUAUUAUGCCCUUUUCCUGGCCAUGUAUCUCACUAUGGUGCUGGGGAACCUGCUCAUCAUCAUGCUCAUCUGGCUGGACUCUCACCUCCACACCCCCAUGUACUUCUUCCUCAGCCACCUGGCUUUCACUGACAUCUCUUUCUCCUCCGUCACAGUGCCAAAGAUGCUCAUGAACAUGCUGACACAAAGCCCAUCCAUCCCAUAUGCUGGGUGCAUUUCCCAGGAAUUCUUUUUCUUAUUAUUUGGCGGUAUCGACAGCUUCCUUCUGACCUCAAUGGCCUAUGACAGAUACGUGGCCAUUUGUCACCCACUUCGCUACACCACCAUCAUGAGUCAGAGCCUUUGUUGCUUGCUGGUAGCUUUGUCAUGGGUCUUAUCCUAUGCCAGUGCCCUGGUGCAUACCCUACUCCUAGCUGAUCUCUCUUUCUGUAGAGACAACACUGUGCCUCACUUCUUCUGUGAGCUCUCUGCCUUACUUAAGCUGUCCAGCUCUGAUACUACCAUCAAUGAGCUUGUUAUCCUGCCUGUAGGAACAGUGGUCAUUACCUUGCCAUUCAUAUGCAUUCUUAUCUCUUAUGGCUGCAUUGGUGCCACCAUCUUGAAAACUCCCUCUGUCAAGGGCAUCUGCAAAGCCCUGUCCACAUGUGGCUCUCACCUCUCUGUGGUUUCUCUUUACUAUGGAGCCAUUAUUGGGCUCUACUUGGUCCCCUCAUCCAACAACACUAAUGACAAUGAAGUCAUUGUGGCCGUGCUGUAUACUCUGGUGACACCCAUGCUAAACCCUUUCAUCUACAGUCUGAGGAACCGGGAUAUGAAAGGAGCUCUGAGGAAUAUACUCAGUAGAACAUUUUCAUUGUGA